GCUGAACUGUGUCCAGAUUCCUUGCACAGCGCCGACUGGAUAUUUAGGGUUUGCAAGCAAGGUGGGGCGCCAACAUGGCGGCCAUAUGGCGUACGUGAAUGAAGGAGAGCACUCGGCGCCAUAUGGGGGCAGUUGAUCAAAGUCUGCCCGAUGCAUUUCGCUGGCCAUUCAGCGCACGGCAUUUCAAAAAUAAGUCCUUUGUGGAGACCCGUCCUUUAUUGACAUUGAAAAGUUUGGGCCAGGGAAGCGUGAUGCGCUGUCCUCCUUAAAAGGUACUGGUUCCUUGAUUUGUAACAAACGGGUCAUUGCAAUCUGGGCAGAAGUAGCACCUUAGAAUUCAUUCAUUGCAGGUAGAUGCCGCACGUUGGGCCUCCUGCCAUUGGGUUGCACAGAGGGGGGGCGCUUCCUUCAGAAUCAGUCAAAAGUAGAUCUGAUGCCCUAUGUUCUCCGUAAGUCUGACACCUAGUUUGUGUAGGGCCCUAUCCCCGCUCAUCUAUGUCCGUCGAUGGUGCGAUACAAGGGUUGGGCGGGAGUAGCAGCGGGGACUCUGGGGCCAUGAACGAUAACAGCAAGGGGCUGGCGCUGGCCAUCAGCUCCAGCCUAUUCAUUGGGGCCAGCUUCAUUAUCAAGAAAAAGGGGCUCAAGAAAGCGGGCGCCACGGGCAUGAGGGCAGGGGUUGGGGGCUACUCGUAUCUAUCAGAGCCGCUUUGGUGGGCUGGUAUGACCACAAUGAUUGUGGGGGAGGUCGCAAACUUCACGGCAUACGCCUUUGCACCUGCCAUCCUUGUUACGCCAUUAGGUGCUCUUAGUAUCAUUGUAAGCGCAAUCCUGGCGCACAUGCUUCUGAACGAGAAGCUGCAUGUGUUGGGCAUCCUGGGGUGCGUCCUGUGCAUAGUCGGCUCCACCACCAUCGUGCUGCACGCGCCGGAGGAGCGCGAGGUGCAGUCGGUCAAGGAGGUGUGGCACCUGGCACUAGAGCCAGCGUUUGUUCUGUAUGCGGUGACGGUGGUGUCCCUGGUGUGCACCCUCAUCUUCCACUUCGCCCCCAAGUUCGGCCACUCCCACAUCCUGGUCUACAUCGCCAUCUGCUCCCUCAUGGGCUCCCUCUCGGUGAUGAGCUGCAAAGCCCUGGGGAUCGCCCUCAAGCUGACGUUCUCCGGGGACAACCAGCUCUUCUACCCGGAGACCAGCGUCUUCGCAAUCAUUGUUGUCACCUGUGUGCUCACGCAAAUGAAUUACCUCAAUAAGGCCUUGGACACGUUUAACACGGCCAUAGUGUCGCCCAUCUAUUACGUCAUGUUCACCACGCUCACCAUCCUGGCCAGCGUCAUCAUGUUCAAGGACUGGAGCCGCCAGAACGCAGCGCAGAUCGUGACGGAGCUGUGCGGCUUCGUGACCAUUCUGGCGGGCACGUUCCUGCUGCACUCCACCAAGGACAUGGGCGACAUGGGCUCAGGACUGCCAACGGUCCAUUAUUCGGGAGUGGUGAACACGCCGCCCCGGCUGAGUUUCUCGGGCAAGAGGCCCGAAGAUGAGGACGAGGAGAUACCCAUGCGGCGACAAGACACGAUGCGAAACUCAGCCAAUUCAAGGGAUCUGGCGGUUUUAAAUUAAGAUCGGAGAGAAAUAACUCUGUCUAGAAAUAACACAAACACUUUGAUAAAACUGAUUCUAUAAAACACUGAAGCUGCAGGCAAGCAGUAUUCCAACCUUUGUCCUCAUUCCGUGUUCCAUCGGGUUCAGUCGUCAUAAUUCCUGCAUGAGCUCUUGCAAUCGGUGUCUUACUUUACCCUGU